AUGGACUGGCUAUCGGAACAUGGGGUAAUUUUGGACUGUUAUAAAAAGAAGUUCACUGUUCAAAAUGAUAGUGGUGAUCUGAUUGAAGUAAACAGUAUUUGGACCACUGGAUCAAUUCAUAUUAUCUCGACAAUCAAAGUUGGGAAGCUUCUUUAUCAAGAAGAAUUACCUAGAUUACCCCCUAAUCGAGAGGUUGAAUUUGUGAUUGAAGUAUAUCUGGGUACAGAUCCAGUGUCAAUACCUCCGUAUCAUAUGUCACCUAAGGAGCUCAAAGAAUUGAAAGUACAACUACAAGAUCUAUUGGAUCGAGAGGUUUUAUUCCUUGUUCAUUGCAUAUCGGAAAAUGGAAUUAGAGUGGAUCCAAAGAAGAUUGAAGCCAUUGUUCAGUGGAAAAUUCCAAAAAGUGUAUCUGAGGCUAACGUGGUAGCAGAUGCAUUGAGUAAGAAGGUAGCAAUUGAAUUGCGAGCAAUAUUUGCACGACUCAGUAUUACUAAUGAUGGAAGUAUUUUGGCCAAGUUGAGAAUAAAGCCGAUAAUGUUUGAACAAAUUAGAUCAGCACAGUUGGAAGAUGACAAAUUAUUGAAUAAAAGAGAGAUGGUACAGAUUGGUACAGUAGAGAAUUUUAGUAUUGAUGAUCAGGGAUGUUUAAGAUAUCGUGACCGAAUUUGUGUUCUAACUGAUUCUGAAUUUAAAGAAUUGAUUCUUCGAGAAGCUUAUGACAGUCUAUUUGCUUUGCACCCUGAAGGCACGAAGAUGUAUUGGAACUUACGAGAACUUUAUUGGUGGCCUGGUAUGAAGAAAGAUAUAGUUGAAUAUGAUUUCAUUACGAUGGAUUUUGUGACAGGGCUGCCACUAUCAGCAAGUAAGAAAAAUGCUAUCUGGGUCAUCGUUAAUCGACUUACCAAGUCUGCUCACUUUACAGCAGUUAAGACUGAUUGGUCAUUGCAGAAACUUGCCGAGGUAUACAUUCGAGAAAUUGUUAGACUACAUGGAAUCCAGUAUCAAUAA